AUGUCCGAUGCAAAGUUCUUCCAGCGAGGCAAGAUCCAGGAGCUGCGUCUAGAGCUCAACUCUGACAAGAAGGAUAGGAACUACACCCGCAAAAAGCAGACACUCAAAAAAAUCGUCGCCAACAUGACCAUGGGAAACGACAUGUCCUCCCUCCACCCAGACGUCAUCGCCUGCAUGUCCAUCCCCGUCCUCGAGGUCAAAAAGAUGGUUUACCUCUUCUUGAUCAACUAUGCCAAGGCCAAACCCGAGAUGGCCUAUGAGGCUAUCCAGACCUUCCGUCGGGACGUGGAGGAUCCAAACCCGUUGAUCAGAGCAUUGGCUAUCAGGACAAUGGGCUAUAUCCAUGUCGACAAGGUCACAUCAUGCCUGAUUCAGCCCCUGCGCCACUGCAUGCGCGACCAGGAUCCCUACGUUCGCAAAACUGCCGCUGUGUGUGUCGCAAAGUUGUUUAUGCAGGAUCGCCAUCUGGUCGAGAACGCAGGAUUCAUUGAUCUCCUGCGCGAGAUGCUCGUUGACUCGAACCCUUCGGUGGUUGCGAAUGCUGUGGCAGCACUUACAGAGAUCUCUGAGCGUUCAGACCAUAUCCAGCUCCAACUGAACAUGUCGAUUGCCAGCAAGCUGGUAACAGCAUUGAACGAGUGUUCAGAGUGGGGACAGACCUAUAUCCUGGAAUCACUCAUGUUUGUCGUUCCUCAGGAACCUGGUGAUGCAGAGAUGUUGGCUGAGCGUAUUGCCCCUCGUCUGCAACACGCCAACUCGGCUGUCGUCCUGACAGCCGUCAAGGUCAUUGUGUACCUAAUGAACUACAUGUCCAAGGAGGAGGAUAUCCUCAGCAUGUGCAAGAAGCUCUCCCCUCCUCUUGUGACACUGUUGUCGAGCGGACCUGAGGUUCAAUACGUCGGAUUGCGCAACAUUCUCUUGGUCAUCCAGAAGCACCCUGAGAUCUUGAAGAACGACAUCAAGAUCUUUUUCUGCAAAUACAACGACCCUAUCUACGUUAAGAUGGCUAAGCUGGAGAUUAUGUUCAGACUGGCGAGCGAGAACAAUGUCGAACAGGUCUUGUCGGAACUCAAGGAAUAUGCGACCGAGAUCGAUGUUGACUUUGUCAGGAAGGCGGUUCGCUCGAUCGGACGUUUGGCUGUCAAGAUUGAGUCGACUGCUCAGCGGUGUGUCGAGGCGUUGCUGGAGUUGAUCCAGACCAAGGUCAACUAUGUCGUUCAGGAGUCAAUUGUUGUCAUCAAGGAUAUCUUCAGAAAGUACCCCAACCAGUACGAGAGCAUCAUUGGAGUUCUCUGCGAGAACUUGGAUAACUUGGACGAGCCCGAGGCCAAGGCGGCAAUGAUCUGGAUCAUUGGACAAUAUGCGGACAGAAUCGAGAACUCGGACGAGCUCCUGGAUGACUUCCUCUACACGUUCCUGGAAGAGACAGUUGAAGUCCAGUUGGCACUUUUGACCGCCACCGUCAAGUUGUUCAUCAAGCGGCCGACUGCUGGACAGGAUCUGGUCCCCAAGGUGCUCAAGUGGGCUACCGAGGAGGUCGACAACCCUGAUCUCAGAGACCGUGGCUACAUCUACUGGCGUCUGCUCUCCACCGACGUCGCCGCCGCCAAGGCUGUAGUAUUGUCGGAGAAACCUCACAUUUCGACAGAGACAGACAACAUGGACCCUGUCUUGCUGGAAGAGCUUUUACUCCACAUUGCGUCCCUCUCAGCCAUCUACCACAAGGCACCCACAACCUUCAUCCCCCACUGCAAACCUCGCUUCUUGAUCCCCUCGCCCACAUUACGGCGACAGAACUACAACGUUGGACGCACACUCCAACAUCAGGAUUCAUACAGCAGCCUUAACAACAGCGCACAAUUCCCACAGGGCCUAUCCAACAAUAUGCAGUCCUCCCGGUCUGACGAAGACGAUGGUAAUGGUGGUCUGGACGAGUUUGUGUCGUCCUCUAAGCAGCCUCAGCAUCAGCGCUUGUCUUACCAUGAACAGUCAUUUGACCAGGUUGCCGAGGCUUCGAUUGGAAACCAAGAGUACUAUGAGCAAAAGAUUAAUGCUGAGAACCCCUACCGUACGGAUACUGGUGCUGUCAGUGGAUCGCAGGCUAACAAGAGCGGUGGAGUUGACCUGAUGUCGUUUGAUUUGUAG